AUGGAGAAGCCAGAGCACCGGGUCAAGCCGGUCAUUCCCGAGGGAAUGAGCAAGUCUGCUUGGAAGAAGGAGCAGCGGCGGUUACGAUGGGACGCUAAUAGAGACAAAAUGCGAAUCCAACGCAAGGAGAAGCGUAAGGCGGUGAAGGAAUCCAGAAAGCUCAAGAACGCAGACAAACCAAAGAAAGACAAGGUUGUGCAGCAAGACAGUGGGUAUUCUGUUGUUGUGGACUGCGCGUUUGACGAUAUGAUGCUUGACAAGGAGAUUGUCUCGACGAGCAACCAGCUGGUGACGAGCUAUGCUGAUAACAAAAAGUAUCCGUAUCGGGUGGAUCUGACAGUGACUUCGUUCGGAAAACGACUCAAGGAACGCUUCGACACGGUUCUUCCUCAUUACGCCAACUGGAAGCCCGAACAUAUGAAAUUCACGCCCGAAAGUUUGGAAUCUGUGCUUCCUGAAGAUUAUUCCAAGGCUGUGUACCUGACCGCGGACACGGACGAGAUACUGGAGACCCUGGAGCCGGGGAUGACCUACAUUGUUGGCGGCAUUGUGGACAAGGGACGGCACAAGCUACUGUGUAAGAAAAAGGCGGACGAGCUCGGCAUACCGACCAAAAGACUCCCAAUAGACGAAUACAUCAAGAUCAGUGGCCGGCGUGUGCUGGCCACCUCGCACGUUGUGGAGAUGCUGAUUCGACGAAACGAGUUCGACAGCUGGAAAGAGGUGUUUGAGUCGGUGAUCCCGCUGAGAAAGGUGAAGAAGGCGGCCGAAGAGACCGAGGAGGGGGAGGAAACUGAAUAA